AUGUUGCCUCCUCCGCUGCCGAGCCAGGACGUUCCAGCUGCAGAACAAACGCACUCGGACCGCAUGGUUCCAGGUUUGCUACACCCCUGUGAACUGGAGAUUCUGGGCCCCACAGCAGCGGUCACAAAAUGUCCAUCCUGUGCAGAGGUCGUUACCACGGAAACCCACAAUACAAGGGGCGCGGCAAUGUGGAUAAUGUGCUUCUUCUGCUCUGUCAUGGGCUGUGUGGCAGGCUGCUGUUUGAUCCCAUUCUACAUGAAGCGCCUCAGGAACACCCACCAUCGAUGCCCCCAGUGUCAAGCCCACAUCAGUACCCACUAUCCCCUCUGA